AUGGCGGCUGUCAGCUUACAGCCUCUGUCCAGGAGCGCUUGUGGUCUCCUCCAGGUCUUUGCUCUCUCUCUCUGUGAGAGAAGGCAGAGUGUGGGGAGCUUGCAGAACAGGCCCACAGCCAUGAGGGCUCUGCUCCCCACUCAGCCCUGCGUGAGUCCUGCUCCUCCCAUCCUCGCGUCAUGGAACACUUCAGUGUCCUCUGGCUGUUCCUCCACUGAUUCUGGGAAGGAAGAAGCCGAGAGAGAGGACAAACACCUGUCUGCCUGGCGGCAUUCCUUGUCCGGGACUCACAGCCGCCAGCCGCCAUGUGUGACAGGAAGCAGGAGGGCCCUGGUGCCCAGGAGCCAGGUGAGGACAAAGCAGCCCUCUGACAGCCUGGCCCAGGCGCUCUUGUGGCAGGCAGCGGGGGGCCCAGAGCAGAGGCAGCGGGAGGCAGGAGCUGCUCAGCCGUGCCGGGGCUGGAAGCCUCCUUCCUCCCCAAGUGGGGCCCAGCUGGGCCAGGGGGCAGCUCCUGGGACGGCCGUGCCCGCAACGGCCCCCGCUCGGCAAGGCCUCCAGCCCUGCCCAUCAGCCAGGCGGGGACAGAGCAGCCCUUGGGGCCGAUGCUGCUGCCGGCUAAGAGCCCCGCAGAGGUGCUCAUGCCCGCUGCCAUUGGCUCUGUCCCCUGCAGCAUGCGUGCUGUGUCGCCGUGCAGAGGCUGACCCGGACAUCUGUGGUGACAAACUGGAGAAGUGUGGGCUCUGUGCCCACGUGUUCUGCAUGUUUUUUGCCACUCUUCUAUUUCGCCAAGAGAAUGAACAUUUAGGACUAAUGGGCUUUCUCCCGCGAGACAUCCAAAUUGCCGUCGCGCGGGCGGCACAGAAGCACUGCUGCGUCUGCGGCCAGAGCGGGGCAACCAUCAUGUGCUGCAAGGAGGACUGCGGGAGAUGGUUCCACCUGCCCUGUGCCAAGGAGGGCGGCUGUGUCAAUCAAUACAUUAGUCCAUACAGCUCCUUCUGCCCUGAGCACCGUCCAGAGCAGGAUGUGGAGGUGACUCCAGAGCCGGGCACCGAUUGCCUCAUCUGCAUGGAGCCUGUGGAGGAUAGAAAGACCUUCACAACCCUGGUGUGCCCAACGUGCAGAAGGGCCUGGUUCCACAGGGACUGCAUCCAGGGACAUGCCAUGCACGCUGGCCUCCUAUGCCUCCAGUGCCCCCUGUGCAGAGAAGGCCAGGAAUUCAUUGUUGAAAUGCUCGUCUUGGGGAUCCGAAUUCCCUUCAGCCGCCAGGGAUGA